AUGACAUCUUCAAAUGUUAUGCCUAUUUUUCGAUGUGCUAAUGUAUCUCUUUUUAUUAAUACUAAUGAUUUAAAUCGUAUUAGUUCAUCAUCACUUUUUACUGAUGAUUGUCAUGUUGCCU